CGUAUUCUGCAAUCAAUUGUCAACUUGAAGCUAGCUCCUUUUCUGAGUGAUGGCUCGCCUUCUUCUUGCUCUUUUCUUGUGUGCAGGUCACAUGCUAUUUACAUGUGCUUAUCAAUGUGAUACUGGAGAGCUGAGGCUAAUCAAUGGUUCCAGUUCUAAUUCUGGGAGGCUUGAGUUCUGCAGGUCUGGUGUCUGGGGAACUGUCUCUGAUAUUGAGUUUGAUACCAAUGAUGCCAAAGUUGCUUGCAGGAAACUUGGAUACAAUCCUGAUGCUAGUGGAUUGUCAUAUGUUGGUGGUGCAGCAUAUGGUCAGGGCCCAGGACAAGUCAAUAUGGGCUAUCUCUAUUGUCAAGGAACAGAGGAGUCAUUAUUAGACUGCCAGCAUGAUAAUACAUGGAUUGGUACUGAUCAUACUCACGAUGUUGGCAUUACAUGCCCUCUAAGUAGUUGUACUCAAGGGUCUUUGAGGCUGACUGGUGGUUUCUUACAGACUGAAGGUACACUAGAGGUAUGCAAUGGUGGAUCAUGGAACAGUAUCUGUGCUGAUCAGUUCCAAAGGCAAGAUGGAUUUGUAGCUUGCAGGCAGCUAGGCUAUCCAGCUACAGCAACUCAAGUUGUAACAGACUUUCGAUUCAGUAAUGGGCAUGGCUCACCAACAUGGACACAGUUCCUGUGUGUAGGGAAUGAGAGUGCUCUUACAGAUUGCCCUUACAGCACUGGAGUGUGUCAAGGAUAUAACCCCAUCAGUGCUAACUUGGCUAUUGUGGGACUGAAGUGUGAAGGAGAAGUCAUUCCUCCAAAUAAUUGUACUGAUAAUUCUAUAAGGCUCAAUGGUCCAAAUGGGAUCAACACUGAGGAAGGACGCAUAGAGCUAUGCAGUAAUGGAGUAUGGGGGACUGUUAGCAGCACUAACUUUGGCUUUAAAGAUGGAAGAGCAGCAUGUCGUCAACUUGAGUAUGGGGCACCAGGUGUUAGAGUUUACCCUCCAUCAUACUUUGGGGAUGGAUCUGGUCCUAUACUCAUGAAUGAUUUAGCCUGUCUUGGCUCUGAGUACAAUCUCUAUCAGUGUAAUCGUCAGUUCAAUAGCUAUGCUCAGAGUCAUUCCAAUGAUGCGACUAUUAAAUGUUGGAGGAAAGUUGGUGUAACGUGCACUGAUUAUGAUGUGAGGUUCCAGAAUGGCUCUACUGAUUAUGGCAGAUUGGAGGUGUGCCUCUUUCAAGAAUGGGGAAGCAUUUGUGAUGAUGGCUGGGAUCGUAAUGAUGCCAGGACUAUUUGCAGGCAGCAAAAUUUUGAUCCUUCUUAUGCUUCAUUUUAUAUCAACUCUGCUUAUGGUGAUGGGAACAAUAUUCCAGUUAAAUUCACUAAUAUUGAUUGUGAUGGUUCUGAGUCUAGUAUUGUAGACUGUGGAAAGAACGAUCAGAUUGAACCUAACUGUAACUUUGGUCAUACCGUCGGAGUGAGAUGCUUCAAUUCAGAUGGUUGCACUAAUGGUGAUGUGCGUCUGACAGGAGGACAGUCAGACCGUGAAGGAGAUGUCCAAGUCUGCAGGGAUGGAAAGUGGGGUUAUGUGUGUUCUGAUACAUGGAAUGAUGUCAAUGCUAAGACAGUCUGCAAGCAACUACAGUUAUCUGAUACUUGGUCAGCAUACAGUACCACUGGUUUGUUUGGUGGUAGUCAAGAUCAGGCCCCAUUAGUGUAUGAUGGAAUGACCUGCUCAGGAUCAGAGACUUCACUUACAUCAUGUACAGUGGCAGACUAUGCAACCCUCAAUCCAACUUGUACAGCUAUUGCUGGAGCCAUGUGUGCUGAGUCUGGCACUACCUGUACUGAAUGGGAUGUGAGGCUAAUGGGCGGAUCCUCAAGUGAUGGUCGUGUGGAGGUGUGUCGUACCAACACAUGGACUACUGUUGAUUCUAUGGGAUGGGAUUAUAAUGAUGCUCAAGUUGUUUGUCGUCAGAGAGGAUUUUAUGAUGCAUGGGCAGUUGCAUUGACUAAUUCACAGUUUGGUUCGGGCAAUCGUCGGAUCGCUCACAAUAACUUCCAAUGCAGUGGAUCAGAGACUGCACUACAGAGUUGUACUAACUCUGUAUAUGCAGCUAACACAAUGAUGGAGAGUUGGUAUGCCAACAAUAGAGCUGGAGUCUCUUGUAGGAUGCAAAAUCAAGCUGAAACAUGCUCAGUAGAGGGCUCUGUGAGACUUCAAGAUGGUGCAUCCUCAAGAGAAGGAAGGGUUGAAGUGUGUCAGGGAGGAUACUGGGGCAGUGUUUGUAAUACUGGAUGGUCAAGAUUGAACUCAUUAGUGGCCUGUAGAAGUGCUGGCUUUAAAACACUACGACCUAUAACAACACAGUCAGCUUAUUCUGGGUCAGGACAAGGCCCAGUCAAUCUGGCUUAUGUUUCCUGUUUGGGAAAUGAAGCCAGCCUCUCUGAUUGUCCUUAUGCCAGUGGUAUUGGUGUCACCAAUUGCUAUCAUGGCAAUGAUGUAGGUGUCAAGUGCCCAGAAAUACCUGCCAGCUACUAUAAUCUCAGUGUUACUUCCUCUUCCAGUCCUUAUGAUAUUCCCAUUGGUACUCAAGUACAAUUGUCUUGUGUGUCUGAUCCAGCUCCUCCAAGUGGCGUCACUUAUGAAUGGAAGACAACCAUCGGCGAAGAUCCUUUGUCACAAAGCAGUCCUUCAUCACCCAGUGCCACCUUGACUAUAACUCACAGACACCCUAAAGUAUCCAACUAUUACUGUGCAAUGAAGUGGGAUGAUGAAGUAUUGGCCAUUGGAUCAAUCACUCUUUCAGUUCAAAAUACACUUGUCCCAGUCCAGUCUACAUACACUGGUAGUGUUGGCGGUUCUGUUACACUCUCAGUUACCCAAACACCUACAAUGGGUUUGAGCUACCUUAGAAACCUCCAAUGGUAUUUCUCUGGUGUACCAGUGCAGUCUGCAUUGAGUAGCUACUCAUUAAGCCCUGAUGGUCUAUCCCUUACAUUGAAUGGCUUGACAGAGCUUCAUUCUGGUUAUUAUUCAGUGAGAUAUGAUGGAUUAAACUUAUAUCAACACUCUUUGCUAUGCGAACAAGAAACAAUGAACUUCCUUAGGGAGUAUCCCUUACUAUCACCUGCUGUUUUAAAAUUAGUCGUUGGAAAUGUUAACAUACCAGACAGAUCACAAGGUCUUCCUUACUCUGUCUUAUAUCCAGGUGUUGAUUUUACACAAUAUAAUAAUGGAACUUCUUAUCUAUCACUUGUGACAUAUACCUUCCUCCCCUCCUCAUCAUCCUUCACUGCAUUGCAAUGGCACGAGUUUAGUUUUGCCAGUUUUUCAUCAGGCAAUGCUUCAAAGCUUUAUUCAGCAACUGGUUUGCUCUCUCCUUUAUCUGAUCCACAUUAUGAGCUUCAGUUCUUACAGCCCACCCUUUUACAGAGUGGCUACUAUGAGGCACAGUUAACCACUGAACCACGUCCAGUACUCAACUUUAUUGGUUGUAGUGCAGCCAAUGGCUACUCUUAUGCUGAUUUUAUCAAUACACAACUGGGAUUUACCAGUCCAAUUGUCAUUGGCUCUGCUAAACAAUCAAUUGGCUAUUAUGAAACACCAACUGCUACAGUAAACACGACAGCAUCAGCUUUUACUGAUGAUUCUAAUGCUACCUUAACAUGCUCAGCAAGCGGUGGUUAUCCUUUGUAUUAUAAUGUGUCUAUAGUCAAAAAUGGAGUGACUGUUGCUAAUGCAAUAGGAUCACCAGACUUGGUGUUCAACACAGAAGAGGGUACUACUGGUAGAAAGUAUGGUAGCUACUGGUGUGUAGCUAAUAAUCUUUAUGAUAAUGGCUAUGCAUCUAUACUACUAAGAGAAACAGCAUCUUUGACACUUUCUUUUGAAGUCAACAAUUGCAAUAUGUGGAAUAAUGCAACUAGAGAUGUAUUUGAAGCUCCAAUUUUCAAUCUUUUACAAGAUAUCUGUAACUGUACCUUGUCUAGUGGUGUGCUAACAGUUAAUGAUCUUACAUGCAGUACUGAUGCUGAAGAGAUGACAUCAGAGGUUGGAGUCACUUCGAGUCUUUCCUAUUCAUCAAGUGAUGGGAACCAAACAUCCUCCACUGUAUUUCAGAGCCUAUUUGAUUCCCUUAACAGUGGGAACAGUAUAUCAGUGAGUGUUUCCAAUCAAUCCCUUAGGAUAAUAUGGCCACUCAAUACUUCUGAUGAGCCCUUUACACUUCCUGAUGAAGCACUUUUGACUAUCCUCUUUAUCUCUGGAUUCAUUGCUGCUGCAUUAAUAUUCACAAUAGUAAUUGUCAUAGUAUGUUUUGUGCAGAGGAAAAGAAGAAAACUAGCAGCUCAGAGGACUGCUCCUCCCGUUGCCUUCCAUACUCGUCAGAAUGAAGCAAGGAUUGAAGAUUCACCAGAAGAAGAAAGGCCUUUACCUGCCGCCGACAGUUCAGUCAAUCGUGAUGCUGAUGAUGAUGAUGAGGAAGAGGAUUGGGAACUUCCAAAAUGAAAAGAAUCCAUAACAAUUAUAUUUAUGACUGAUAACUAUGUGUAGUGUAGGUAUACAUUGAUUAAUGUGUAUGUAGUGGAAUUUUUACCCCAUUUUAUAAUGUUAGUUCUAUCACUACAAAGAACAAUAAGAAUUUUUAUUAUUGCUUUGUUGUGUUUAAGUGGUGAAA